UUUCUCUUCACCUCCAUGUCGUCGUCCAUAAUCGCUCUCCCUGAACCAUGAACUCUCGUCGAGAGGGGACUGCGACCCUCAACCAGAGUCCCUCGAGUACCUCUUAUUAUGAUCGCAUCGUGCAGCAUCUGCAGAGCAACCCAAGCCUCGCCUAUCUGGUUGCGAUCCUUAUCGCGAUCUAUUUCCUGUUGAACUCUCUUCAUUCGCCCUCGCUGUCUUGGCUUCGUCCGCUGUGGGACAUCGUGGUCUACCUGACCCCGUCUCGCAUUGUCGCGGCCCUGGACAACAAGACCAACCAGCCCGGUUCGACCGACCAGAAACCCGUCUUCAACAACUUCCAGGCGAAAAGUGAAGCGAUGGAGCGGAUCCUCGGGAUCAACAAUACAUCUUUCGGUUCCUUGCUACCUUCGUCCCGGUCUCUGUCGGGAAUCGGAGCCGCCCUGCUGGGGGGCAAGGAUAACGUUCCUCCCGGACUCGGGAACUGGGAUAACUCGUGCUAUCAGAAUAGCAUCAUUCAGAGCCUGGCCUCGCUACAGUCGCUCGCCGAGUUUCUGCAACGGAACGUGGAUCUCCUCGGGGCGAAGAGCCCGUUUUCCACCCACCAGGCGCUCAUCGACAUCAUCCAGCAGCUGAAUGGUGUGGCGAGCUCCGACCAACGCCUCUGGACCCCACCGGACCUCAAGUCGAUGAGCAGCUGGCAGCAGCAGGAUGCGCAGGAAUACUUCGCGAAGGUGGUGGAUCAGAUCGACUACGAGAUUCAGCGCGCCGCCCGACGGAAGACUCGUAACCUUGGCUUGAAGAUGGCCGGACCCCAAGAGCAUGUCAUCGGGACUGCGGAGCUUCCAUGCGGGAAACCGGACGCAUCGGACCCGCCGGCGGGGAAGGUAGUUUUUCGGAACCCGCUGGAAGGGCUCCUUGCACAACGAGUUGGCUGUAUGCAGUGCGGGUUCACCGAGGGUCUCUCGCUGAUCCCGUUCAACUGUCUGACCGUGCCGUUGGGGGCAAGUUUCGAGUACGAUGUGCAGGACUGUCUCCAUGACUACAUGAACCUAGAACCGAUCGAAGGGGUUGAAUGCGUCAAAUGCACUCUGUUGCGGGCUCGCGACCAACUCCAGAACCUCCUGGACCAGAUCGAGGACGAUGCCAAACUGCCGGACACGUCGGACUCGCCCCAGAUCGCCAACCCUAUCAAAACAUCCGCCCAGGAGCGAUUACAGGCCGUCGAGAAAGCCCUCCAAGAGAAUGACUUCGCGGAAAAAACCCUCUCGCAAAAGUGCCACAUCCCGCCCAGGAACCGGGUGUCCGCGACCAAGUCCAGACAAGCGGUCAUCGCACGCCCUCCCAAAUGCCUCGCCAUCCACGUCAACCGGAGCGUCUUCGACGAGAACACCGGAGCGCUGCGGAAGAACUACGCCGCGCUUCGCUUCCCCCAGCUACUCAACCUCGGCGAAUGGUGUCUCGGCGCACGAGGAACAGACGACGCCGACCAGCUUGCCGAGAAAUGGGACACCGACCCGCGGGAGUCGAUGCUCCCGCGUGCCCACCGCGUCGGCGACAGCCCCGGACAGUAUUACCAGCUGCGCGCCGUCAUCACCCACUACGGCCGCCACGAAAACGGCCACUACAUCUGCUACCGCAAGUACCCGACGGACGUCUUCCCGGCGCACGUCCCCGACGCGGUCCGCGAAGCCGACGGCGACAAGGACAAGCCCGAACGCUGGUACCGCCUCAGCGACGAGGACGUGCAGAUGGUCAGCGAAGCCAGCGUCAUGUCGCAGGGCGGUGUCUUCAUGCUCUUCUAUGAAGCCGUCGACCGGCCCGCGCUUCUGUCAGCCCUUGACGCCGACGCCAGGGCUGACGCUGACGUUGAACCAAACCUCACCGAAGCGGAGUCCUCCUCCGCGUCGGCCUCUACUUGUCCAACACCAGAAGACACAUCCGCCUUGUCUACUGCUACUGGGGGCUCUAUGUCGGGUAUUUCUCCGGCGACGAGCGUAUCUGGCCCGGAGAAGACCGCGGACAAGGCUGCUCUUUUAGACAUCGACUGACCUGACCGUUUUUAUGACAUCGGUUUCCUCACACUACCUACCACUCUUUUUUUUUGCUCUGUCUUCUUUUCUUCCGUUGGCUUUGUUGCCUUCUUCAUGAUACCCCACUUUCUAUCUGCUGCGCUGCUGCGGCUGCCACCACAGC